CAUUGCGGCGCCCGGGGGUUGGGAUCGCCAUGUGACCUCCCUCAUGGCCGUGGAGGGCGCGGCGGGGAGCGAGUCCGCGCCGGGCGGCGGCAGCAGCAGCGUCGGGGGCGCGGCCGUGGCCGGCGGCAGCAGCGACGGAAGCGCGCCCGCGCCCGCCGGCAGCGGCGUCGGGAGCGCGCCCGCCGCCCGCUCUUUCAUCUGCUCGUUUCCCGGCUGCAGCGCCACCUUCAACAAGGGCUGGCGGCUGGACGCGCAUCUCUGCAGCCACACGGGCGCGAGGCCGUACGUGUGCCAGUACGAGGGCUGCGGCAAGAGCUUCACCAGGGACUUCCACCGCACCCGGCACUUCCUCACGCACUCCGGGGAAAGGCCCUUCGAGUGCACAGCUGAGGGAUGCAAUCAGAAGUUUGGGACAAAAUCAAACUUAAAGAAACACGUUCAACGCAAGCAUGAAAAUCAGCAGAAACUCUAUUCGUGCAACUUUGAAGGCUGUGGCAAAUCCUUCAAGAAACAUCAGCAACUGAAAGUUCACCUGUGUCAGCACACCAAUGAGCCGCCCUUCAAAUGUAAUCAGGAAGGAUGUGGGAAGAAUUUUUCUACUCCAAAUAGUCUAAAGCGGCACAAGAAGACACAUGAAGGCUAUGCGUGCAAGAAAGAAAACUGCUCAUAUAUUGGAAAAACUUGGACUGAGCUUCUGAAACAUAAUAAAGAAAGCCAUACAGAGCCAAUUGUUUGUACAGAGUGUUCUAAAACUUUUAAACGCAAAGAUUACCUCAAGCAGCAUAAAAAAACACAUGCUGCGGAGAGGGAAGUCUGCCGAUGCCCAAGAGAAGGAUGUGACAGAACUUACACAACUCUGUUUAACCUUCAAAGCCAUAUCCUCUCUUUUCACGAGGAGCUGAAACCAUUUUCGUGUGAUCAUCCUGGCUGUGGAAAAGUAUUUGCAAUGAAGCAGAGCCUAGCAAGGCAUGCAGUUCACCACGACCCUGAAAAGAAAAAGCUAAAAGCAAAGCGUUCUCGUCCUAAGAGGAGCUUAGCCUCUCGUCUGAGUGGGUACAUUCCCCCUAAAACACAGCCAGGAAAGGAUGUGGUUGUGACAGAAUGCAAGCCAACAGAUCAGCCCACGGAAAAUGGAAUACCAACUGUUGAAAUUCUGACUCUGCAGUAAAAGUUAACUGCAAAUUUUCUUCAUGGAAUGACCAGUGCAAAGCCCAGCAAAUACCUUUAUUUUAUAGUCCUUUUUGUAAUAAUAUUGUUUAUACCUCCUCAUAAAGUCAUUAGCACAA